CUUCAGAAAUGGGGAGUUAGAAAAGAAGGAAAUUCCAUAAACUAAACUUCAAACGUUGUCGUUUCGUCAUAACAUCCCUCUCGGCACCAUAUUUCCGUCCGCAGACCGGAACCGGAACCAACUAACUUUAAUUUAAUGGAGUAUUAGUCAAUAAAGACUGCUUUCCUCUUCAAGACAGCUCAAUUUCUCUCUCAACUCCACAUCUCUCCCUUUGAUGCCGAGAAGAAGAAAAUCUUGAUUAAUCUCCUUACAUUACUAGCUCAAGAACUACAACAAUGGCGGAGGACAGAGAAAUUGAAACGCCUCUUCUUCGACCUUCAGAAAUUCAAAGAGUCAUUGAAGAUGAGAUAGUUCCUUCUUCAUCUUCUCAAAGUCUUGAAGCUAAUGCCGAUUUAUCAUCAUCGUCAUCGACGGUUCCUCUGAAGAAUCGGCGGCUCGUUUCUCUUGAUGUUUUUCGCGGCUUAACUAUCGCUCUUAUGAUUUUGGUUGAUGAUGCUGGAGGAGCUUUUCCUCUUAUAAAUCAUUCUCCUUGGUUUGGAGUGACAAUAGCUGAUUUUGUGAUGCCCUUUUUCCUCUUCAUUGUUGGUGUUUCAAUUGGUUUAGUAUUCAAGAAAGUUCAAAGCAAGUCUACAGCAACAAAGAAAGUCAUUCUAAGGGCAAUAAAGCUCUUUCUUCUGGGGAUCUUCUUGCAAGGUGGUUUUUUUCAUGGAAGGAAAACAUUAACAUUUGGUGUUGAUGUGGAGAAGAUACGUUGGUUUGGUGUGCUGCAGAGGAUUUCAGUUGGAUACCUGUUGGCUUCCAUUUCAGAAAUUUGGCUAGUCAGGGAUUUACAAGUGGACUCACAUUUGGCAUUUUUGCGAAGAUACUGCAUACAAUGGAUGAUAACUGUGUUGUUGUGUAUCAUCUAUAUUUGCUUGCUUUAUGGACUUAAAGUUCCUAGCUGGGAUUUUGCACUUCAUGAGGCAGAUUCAGCAUUGUUUUCUUCAAGUGCUCAAACUGUUCAAUGCGAAGUAAGGGGUAGUCUUGAUCCUGCUUGUAAUGCAGUUGGGUUCAUUGACAGACUUGUACUUGGCCUAAGUCAUUUGUACCAGCGUCCUGUGUACCGAAGAGUGAAGGAAUGUAGUAUCAACUCUCCAGACUAUGGGCCAUUGCCACCAAAUGCACCUGGAUGGUGCCUUGCUCCUUUUGAUCCAGAGGGAGUAUUAAGCUCAUUAAUGGCUGCUGCUACAUGUUUCGUGGGACUGCAUUUUGGCCAAAUAAUUGCCCAUUUUCAGGAUCACAUACAAAGAAUGUUCUUGUGGUCUGUAUCUGCUGUUCCUCUUUUAUUCACAGGGUAUGUUUUGAUGGCUUUAGGAAUGCCUCUCUCUAAACCACUUUACACGAUUAGCUAUAUGUGUCUCACUGCUGGUGCUUCAGGACUCAUCUUUGCCAUCACUUUUUAUGUAGUUGAUGUGAAACAAGUUAGAAAGCCUGUAGUCUUACUGCAAUGGAUGGGGAUGAAUGCUCUUAUCAUAUAUGCACUCGCUGCUUGUGAGAUUUUCUCUGGAGUUCUGCAAGGAUUCUAUUUGGGCUCACCAGAAAACAACUUGGUUGAUGGAACUGAAUCAUUUUUGCAAGAUGUAUUGCAUUCAAAGCAUUGGGGCACCUUAGCCUUUGUGUUACUUGAGAUUCUAUUUUGGGGCUUUAUUGCUGGUUUACUUCACAUGAAGCGCAUAUAUGUGAAACUUUAGCACCUGAUUUAGAGGAAACCGUGUUGACAAGAAAAAUUCGUUUUGAAGGUAAAGCCAUUGACUUUCAUUCUCAUGUAUAUAACUCUUGUUUUUAACAACUGUAAAUAUAAGAACCUAGAAACUUUAUACCAUGCUUGCUUGGAAUAUAACAAACCUACUCGAAUAGCUGCAACUAGUUCUCUAAUUCUUGCAUCAAACUGUAAAAGGCGAUUUGCGAUUGGUUAGUGUGAUCGAUAUGAAAUUAUUGUA